AUUGGAGGAGAGCUCGCACUCCCAGGAGGCCACGCGUAGGCGGGGCGCUUUACGCGGAAGUCAGCAGCGUCGGGUACUAUCCUCCCCUGGGAACCCGCACUUGGGGACCCGGCACUGACUCUCGACCCUCGGUCCACAGCCCACGCGCCUUUAGAGGGUACCUGGACAGAUUGAAGCCAUGGCCAUUCUUUUUGCUGUUGUUGCCAGGGGGACCACUAUCCUUGCCAAACAUGCCUGGUGUGGAGGAAACUUCCUGGAGGUGACAGAGCAGAUUCUGGCUAAGAUACCAUCUGAGAAUAACAAACUAACAUACUCCCAUGGCAAUUAUUUGUUUCAUUACAUCUGCCAAGACAGGAUUGUAUAUCUUUGUAUCACUGAUGAUGAUUUUGAACGUUCCCGAGCAUUUAAUUUUCUGAAUGAAAUAAAGAAGAGGUUCCAGACUACUUAUGGUUCAAGAGCACAGACAGCACUUCCAUAUGCCAUGAAUAGUGAGUUCUCAAGUGUCUUGGCAGCACAGCUGAAGCAUCACUCUGAGAAUAAGGGCCUAGACAAAGUGAUGGAGACUCAAGCCCAAGUGGAUGAACUGAAAGGAAUCAUGGUCAGAAACAUAGUUGCUGUGCUUUGGAUGUCAUUUCUAAGAAACUGUUGCCUAAGCGAAGAUCUGGUAGCUCAGCGGGGAGAAAGAUUGGAACUAUUGAUAGACAAAACAGAAAAUCUUGUGGAUUCGUCUGUCACCUUUAAAACUACCAGCAGAAAUCUUGCUCGAGCCAUGUGUAUGAAGAAUCUCAAGCUUACUAUCAUCAUCAUCAUCAUAUCAAUUGUGUUCAUCUAUAUUAUUGUGUCACCUCUCUGUGGCGGAUUUACAUGGCCAAGCUGUGUGAAGAAAUAAGCAAGAAAAAGUUAUCAUUAACCAAUGAUAUGAGAGAACAAGAAGUUAAAAGCAAUUUAUGUGACUCAAGUCUUUCAGUACUGACAGAUAGUGUCUGCCAGUCUCUUCAACUCUCUUCUCACUUUUUCUUUUUUUUAAAUCUUUUUCUAUGCCUACAGAUUUAUCUUUGUCCUAUCAACUUUUUAUUCCAGUGAAUGUCAGAUUGAACCAUUCGUUGUAACAGUAGCCUUAAAGGGGGCUUUUGUUUGGUUGGUUGGUUUGUUAAUUACUGUCUUUACUUGGAAAAACAUUUUUGUUUUUAAUUGUACAAAUCUGUCACCAAGGUGGAAACCACCAGUCUUUUGAGCUAUCUACUAAAACUAUGUAGGAACUUUGUAUGUGCACACAAAAGUAUUCAAGAGACAGAUAGCAUCGCUAACAUCUCAUCUUAAUGUCUUUUGUUAUUGAGGAGUUGUAGAUGCCUCAAAACAAUAGGAAUGGAGAAUAGUUGUUUAUUUUUGGAAUUGUAACUAAAUUGUUGCUGCUGCUUGACACUCAGACAGGUAAAUUAUGAAACAUUCUUAUUUCACUCAAAUGGGGGACAGUUUGGUAGCCCAUUAGAAGCACACAGAAUUAUCCUUGUCCUCCUAGUACUCACUUUUUGGACUAAAGUUGAGUGUGCUGAUCAUUCUCAAUACAGUAGAUAGUUUGAUAUCCUGUUUCCUCAUUAUAGUUGAUUUGAGAAGAUGGUUUAAGUAUUGUUGAAGUUUGAGGCUUUUUUAUGUAUUUCUUUUUCUUCUGUGGAUAUUUAGGAUAAUUGUGUUGUCAAUAGAAGAGGUGGAAGAGGUGGGGAGGCAAAUUUCUCUGACUCACCAAAGAGAAAGAAGGGUACCACAGUGGAUGUGCUACCGUUUUUAGCUGUACAAAGGGAGGUAAUGUGGAAAAAUGUUUCCAUUCUGGGAAAAGCACAAACUGAAUACAGUCAGCAGUCAACUCCAGAAUUUGGGUUUGACUUCUGUUAAACAAUAGUUUGAGCACCCUUUGUGGUUUAAUAAAUUCUUUAAUAGGCCUGGUCUUGAAGAAUUCUUUUGUGAAACUUGAAAGAGAAUAGACAGUAUGAUUUAUAGAAACAAUAUAAAAUAAUUUAGCAUCCAUUUAACUGCAGUGUAAGAAAACUGGAUUCUAGUCAUACUAUUUCAGCUAUUCUGGCAUCUGUUAUCUAAUAUGUACUUUUGGUGUGUAUCUGAAAGGCUGCACUUGAUUUAAUUGUUUGUCAGUAAGAGCCAUUAAGAGGAAAUAAUGUUACAUUUUACUUUUUCCCAGUGAAAGAACAAUUAGUCUAUAGAAUCUAGCCACCUGUUUACCUUAGUCAUGUGCCUUGAAUAUAUGUAUCCCAUAAUCUGACCCACAGUACCUAUUAUUCCAUCUAAGUCUUUCAAUUCAUGCUACCUGAUUGAUUUAUUUGACAUGUAUCUUAGGCACACUGGAAUUCUUUUCUUAUUGAUGAUGCAUAGCACAAACAUUUUUUUUCAGUCUUCUUUAUCAACACUAAUGUCUUUUAAUUACAUUAACAUUUGCUUUCGAGGAAAUACAUUUGUUCCAGAAAAACAUUUGGCCUUCCUGAAUAAUAAUUUCCAAAUGUUUUUAACCCAAAGAGAAAAGCUUAAAGCUUAUUUCCCUUUCUUAUACACACCUGUAUAAAAAUGAUGUGCAUGUUUUAGGGGUCAAUUACUUAACUGUUCCUUGGUUUAUUUAUGUUAUAAGAAUGCUUUUUAAAGCACAUGUCUCAUUUUACAGGAUGCACAAACUGAAGACAUUAAUAAAAUUUAAGAAAUACAAUGA